ACGUCAAAAGCAAGCGCGAACGAAAACAAACACGCAAAAGUUUUCGCUUCUUCCGAAAGAAAAUGCAAAUUUUCCGAAACCAGUGCAAAAGUAGCGAUAAUGUGCAGUGAUAAUUAAAUCUAUAUUUCCUAACGCAAGCCUACAAACCAAAGAACCUGCCAGCAUGAUGGACCCGUCGACCGUCGUCCCGUCGGGGGAGAUGGAUUUCUCCGCGUUUGUGCUGGACCUGAAUCAAAGUCCCAAAAUUGACUGCACUGCCGUGACGGGAACCGAGAUCCACCGGUGCUGCGCCCCCGAGUCCCGGCUAUCGGCCGAGUUCGAAAACAAAAUGCAAAAGCUCAUCACCAACUUUGACCUGGACGACGACUUGGGUAUGCCGGCGAUGCGCUUCAGCGAUCCGGAACCGGUGCUGAACGAUGAACUGGACGGCACCAUCCUAGCGGACCGCGACUAUCCCAUCGAGUCGCUGGAUACGACGGUGGACAAUGAGGACGACCCGCUGAACCUCACCGCGGAUGAUUGCGACGAUAGUGGCGAUGCCGGUUGUAGUUCCGACGAGCAGCAGCAAGAAUCCCGCUCCCUGUCCCUGUCGUAUUCCAUUUCGCACGCCCAGGAAAACUUUUCCCAAUACUCGCAAAGCACCGGUCUCUCGAAGCGGUACGAUUCGCCGUGUUCCUACGAGGAUGACCGGGAAUCGGAAGGCACGAAUUUUGACAAGCUGGACGAUUGGUCCGACCUGAUCAGUGGACUCUACCACUUUUGCCAGGAAGAGCAGCAGACGGCGGCGGAGAAACGAAACAAAGACUCCCGCCCGGACACGCCAGCCCUGGAACGAAAGGCAAAGGGCCAACACAACUAUCUGGACUACCGUGAUCCCGGGCUCGCGGACUUUGACGACGAUGCCAUGAUGCAGGGUGCCAUCGACGACAACUCGAACGUGUUGCUGAUGACCACUACCACCGACGGCGUCGGAGUGUUCCGGGAGCAAGGUAUCUCCGUGAAGCGCAAAAUGUGCGAGGACAAAGAGGACUGCGAGCGGCGGCUGGAACUGAUUGUGGAAAAGUUUCAAAAAACGGACAUCGUUCCGGACCGAGGACAGCAUGCUCGGCUGCUGGACGAGCAAACGUUUACCCGUUGGUGCCAGAUCGACUCGACGCCGACGCCAGUUUUGACCCCCUCCUGCAUGGACGCCGACGCAGAGAACCAGACCGACGACGAGAAAUUGGUCAUGCUGGACGGAGAGGAGGACGCGACGGACUCUCCGGUAGCCACGACUCCGACCAAUCCGCGCAACAUGCAGCGGCUGUUCAGGACACUGGCCAACGAGGAGGAUGGCCUUGGCCAGGCGGAUGAAACUCUCGAGCAGCAGCUUGCCAGCGAAUCCGACAGUCAAUUAUUCACCAAACAGCGUUAUCAGAAGAAACUGGUCGGAAAAAUUGAUCCGGCCCAGUCAGUAGCAGGUUCUUCCCGGAAGACGCUAAAGCUACCCCUGAUGAAGCAACAAAAGUAGAUUGCUCCUGGAGGUGAAGUUUUUGUUCCUUAUCAGCUCCAUGUUUCUUUCUGAUCUCGACUUUAUUAUUUUUUCAUAUGAUUAUUAUUUCUUUUGACGAAGAGCAGGAUUUUUCGUUCGUCAGUAUUUUGUUGAACCAUUUUCUUAAAUUAUUUCUUUUCUUAUCGUUUCGAGAGCGAUUAACUGCUAGUCAGGCAGAUUUUCUGAGUCUGAUCAAAUCAGUUCUGCCACAAGAUAUGAUCGGGCCGGUAGAAUACAACAUCGUAUAAGAACAAAAAAAUAAUACUCUACACUUAACAUGCUCAAGCAAAAGGCUAGAUUUUACCUAACAAUAACAUUUGUUAACUGAAUUGGAUCAUUUAACCAAACAAAAAGCAAACUAUUACUCAUAUAAUACGGAAUGUUAUCACUAAAAACUGGACAACUUUCAAUGAGAAAAGUUGUCCCAUUUGAACUUUACUAAUUUGAGAGAGUGUGAGUAUUUGAAAAUAAAAAUAGAUAGCUUUACGAAUCUAAGAAUGAAGGAAACCUUUUACCAGUACCUAUAGUUUGGCCCGAGUGGUAGGCCUCAUCAGAAAACAGAACAGAAUCUUUAAGCAAAGUAAAAAUAAAGUACCAUAACGAAGAAAAAUUAAACAUUAUAGACUCAACCCCUGAAACAAAACCGAAGAAGACUUAGUAAAAAUAUACUAGAUUACAGUGAAACAGU